AUGACCUUCCAACUCUUCCAUGAUGCCCCUAACAUACCUCUUGGUCCAUUCUCAAAGAGGCCCCAGCAGAGCGAGACAAGUCCCUGUGCAAGACAUGGCAGAACAGAUGUUCUGCCACCUGCUCAGACAUCUUACAACACUGCCUCCCAGUACACGACAUUAGCCCAGCCUCAGUCAUUAAUUCUCGUGGAACAGAAGAAGUCGCAAGAAUAUUCGGCAGCGAUGGGGCGUCUCAGCCUCCUCGUCUUGGUCCUCUUCACUGUGGGAAUAAGCCAAGGGAAAAAGAAACAGUGCCGCAGCGUAAUCAGCGGGGCUGAGGGAGAGAUCACCGACGGCGGCCUGAGUGUGGAUGCGAAGUGCAAAAAUGUUCGCCUCGAAGUCAGAACAGGCGAGCCGGUGGUGUUUAGCUGCUCCGACUUCGCUUUCUUGAAGGGCAAUCAGUCUUAUUGCAUGGUAGUCUCCUGGAACAAGAAGGGGAAGAAUAAGAAAGACAAGGGGAAAAAAGACAAGAAAGAGAAGAAAGAAAAGGGAAAGAAAAAUAAGAAAGGGAAUGGAAGAAAAAUGUUACGCAGGAAUAAAGUGAAGGUGGCCAGAAAAGUCAAUGGAGGUGAAGUCACUAAGAUGCCCGGGGGUCCACGUAGAGAUGAAAGAAGCGUGUUCGAAGGAAGUGCGGAGGGAACAGCAGUGGGAGCCCCGGCAGAAGGCCAACUCAGAGGCCCGCUCAGCCUCCUCCUGAGACGCUACAAAAGAGAAGGAAAGUGGCUCAAGGAAGCAGAUGAAACGGUUGAUGAGAAAGGAAGACCGAGAAUGAAAAGUAAAAUGGAUCAGAGCAACGGCAGCGGGACAAAGACGGACGAUGAAGGAGAAAACAAGGGGGGGAAUGGAAGAGCAUUAGGGAAAGAACCAAUUAAGAUAGAAAAAGUAGGGAGUGAAAAAGAAGGAAAGGACAACACAGGGGGCAAAAGGAGACGUCUAACUGGCAGAAGGAAAAGUAAUGGAAACCAAGAUUACGGCAAUGGAAAGGAAAAGGGCGACAAAGUGUCCAUCGAGCUCGUGCCGGGCCAGAGCGGCGGCGCCCACGAGGACGACCACGACGGCUGCCACCACGACGACCUCGAUGGGGCGUCCGCCGAAGACCUCGAUGGAGCGUCCGACGAAGACCUCGAUGGAGCGUCCGACGAAGACCUCGAUGGAGCGUCCGACGAAGACCUCGAUGGAGCGUCCGACGAAGAUAAUGACAUGACAGACGAUGACCAAAGUGGAUCUAGUGAAAAUGAUGGAACGGACGUCUAA